AGAAACAGUAGUUCAAUAAAUAAGCUGAAACCUCGAUAAACCGACCAAAAAAAGUACUUUUUCAAACCCUGAAUUUUACUCUCAUACGCUUAAUCUAUCAAAGUUUAAAUAAAUUAGUUUAAUACAUUUAAACGCAUAGAUAACAAAAUAAAAAUAUCUGAUUCAGUUAAUUAAAGAUCCAAUUCAAUCGGAAAAGCUGAAAAAAGCUCAUUAAAAUCAUGGGCAACAAGGAUAAUUUCGAUACGGAUUCAACAACAGAAAGUGAACAUUCUUCACCAUCCAAAAGGCAAAAGACGGAAAAAGAUUAUACGCCAAAAUUCAUUAAGCAACCGAUCUACAAUAUUAAGCAAACAGGCGAUGUUGCUUUCGGUCCAGGAACACGAGUUUUGGGCAUUUUCGGUGGGGCUUUGCCAAAACUUAAUAGUGACCAAUUUGACACCGUUACAAAAGCCAAAAAGUAUGCAAUGGAACAAAGUAUUAGGAUGGUCUUAAUGAAGCAAACACUCGCACAUCAACAGCAGCAAUUAGCCACGCAAAGGACACAAGUUCAAAGGCAGCAAGCAUUGGCUUUAAUGUGCAGAGUUUAUGUUGGGAGCAUCUCUUUUGAGUUGAAGGAAGACACAAUUCGAGCUGCAUUUCUUCCUUUCGGACCGAUUAAAUCGAUCAAUAUGUCAUGGGAUCCUGUCACGCAGAAGCAUAAAGGAUUCGCGUUUGUUGAAUAUGAAAUUCCCGAGGGAGCUCAACUAGCACUAGAUCAAAUGAAUGGCGCUCUUUUAGGUGGAAGGAAUAUUAAAGUAGGUCGUCCAAGUAACAUGCCCCAAGCUCAACAAGUCAUUGACGAGAUUCAGGAAGAAGCAAAGAAUUACAACCGAAUUUAUAUUGCUUCUAUUCAUCCUGAACUUACAGAAGAAGACAUUAAGAGUGUUUUUGAGGCUUUUGGUGCGAUUGUUUUCUGUAAACUUGCACCAGGCACGUCACCUGGAAGUCACAAAGGUUAUGGAUUUAUUGAAUACAGUACUAAUCAAGCUGCUUUAGAAUCUAUAGCAAGCAUGAAUCUUUUUGAUCUUGGGGGACAACUUUUAAGAGUUGGAAGAGCUAUUACUCCACCAAAUGCACUCGUCAGUCCUGCUGUAAAUUCAUCAAUGCCGACGGCAGCAGCUGUGGCGGCAGCAGCAGCAACUGCGAAAAUUCAAGCUAUGGAUGCUGUACAGGCAAAUGUAUUAAGUGCGACAACACCAACACUUGGACUCAAAACUCUCUCAACAUCACCAUCAAUGUCACUUCCAACUGCUACAACAGCAACUAUUCCUCCACCGACAGUACUUCCAACAGUAAUUCAAACAAGUCACAUUUUAUCAACAGGUUUAGUUCCUUCCAUAAAUACAGCUUCCAUUACAGCAUCAACUGAGGGACUUCAAACAACAUUGAGUAGUGAAGAAAUUGUAAAGCAAAAGCAGGAAGAAUUGCAAAAGAAAUUAUUGGAAGAAGGAGAACCGACCUUACAACAGCAAGAAUCUAUGUCCAUUAAAGGACAAAAUGCGCGUCAUUUAGUAAUGCAGAGAUUAAUGAGGCCACGUGAGAGUAAGGUUGUCAUCCUUCGAAACAUGGUUGGACCGGAAGAUGUAGAUGAAACACUUCAAGAAGAAAUUCAGGACGAGUGCAGCAAGUACGGAGUUGUCGAGAAAGUUAUUAUUUAUAAAGAAAAACAAACUGAAAAUGACGACGAUGAUUAUGGAGAUAUUAUUGUGAAAAUCUUUGUUGAGUUUUCUUUAUCAAUUGAAGCUGACAAGGCAAGUUCUGCGCUUAAUGGACGAUUCUUUGGUGGACGACUCGUAAAAGCUGAAAGCUAUGAUCAAGCGCUUUUCGAUCACAGCGACUUUUCCGGUUGAGUAACGGAGUAAAAAUCUCCUUUAAUAAAAUGAGAUUAAUAAAAUUAUACUUUGUCAUGUCACAUGCAGAAUUACCAUAAUUUUGCUCAAAUGUGGAAAUUGUUAUACACAUAAAAAUUAUUUCAGUGUCAGUAAAUAAAAAGUUUGGUAUCAAAACUGAAAAAAAUUAUAAAAUAGCAAAUUAAAAACCACACACAACUUACUAAUGAAUAUCUGUAAUUUAUUAAACAAAACAAAAACUCAUUGUAAUAGGAAAUUUAAUAAAAACUUAGAAAUUUAGAAACUAAGAAUUCUAUGCUAC